AAACAUGAUAGUUGGCAGGGUUUACAACCAUAUAAUAAUCUAAUCAUGGCGUUCGCUAUAAGAAAAGCCACAACAUACCUCAUCAAAAGAAUGCAUCUUCGCCCCGUGAGAAGAGUAAAAUUUACUUUCGAUCCUUAUAUGAAAAACGCAGUCUCUAUAAGAGAUGUGGCUUCAACUCUACACAUGCCUGAUAUUUUAGAAACAAAUCAAGGAACGUUACUUAAAUUUGACAUCAAAUCAGAUCGUUCAGAGCCACAGAUGGAUGUUGAAUUCAAUGAUGGUCACAAGUUAAUUUUCAAAACUGGUCACCUGACUCAAUUAGAAAUUUUAGACUACCUCUAUGAGUUAGUUGAUGAAAAAGAUCCCAAGAAAUCAGAAGGUCCUGAAAUUGCCACAAAGAGUUCCAAGAUAGGGAAAAUGAAAGGCAAAAAGAAAUAGUUGUUUUCAUAUUCUCAUUGAAAAUGUGAAGUUGUAUUUGUGUAUGUGUGUGUGUGGUAAGUGCACCAGUAUUGAGCUGAAAGCAAUCAUGUUGGCAUUAGAAGAAAAAUUGUUGGUAAUUAUCUGCCCAUAAAUAUAAACAAAUGUUUCUUUAUUUUGUUUUGAGACAGAUCCUGUAAUGUAGGAAAGAGAUUUUAAGCUUAGUAUUAUCCUAUGCUAUUGUUUGUUGAAACUUAAAAGAAAACAUUAAAAAAAAAAAAAAGACUCUUUUCUGUUGAAAGAAUUGUAAUCUGUAUGAUCAUUUAAAAAAAAAAAAGAACUUUAGUUAAUGCUUACAUAGUACAAUUCUUGUUUUAUGUGAUGCAUUUAGUCAACAAGUUUUUUGUAUGCAUUACAUUUUUUGUAUUUUUACUGUGAUCAUAAAUAUAUUUAAUUAAAAGAAUUUUAAAAUA